GUCCCUCUGAGAUGCGAGACCGAGGAAAUAAAUGUCCCGGGUUUGGGUCCUAAGAGGAAAAGUAGCGGAGGCGCAUCGAUUACCCGCUCUCUCACCCGAAGCCGCAGAACCGAGCUGAAGCUCUUGACCCGUCUGCCAUGGACCUCGCCGGCAGCUGCUCCAGCUUCCAGUCGGACCUGGAUUUCUGCCCGGAGUGCGGCUCAGUCCUGCCUCUACCAGGGACUCGGGAUACAGUCAUCUGCACUCGCUGUGGCUUCUCCAUCAACGUGCGAGACUUCGAAGGGAAGGUUGUGAAGACCUCAGUCCUGUUCCACAAACUGGGGACAGCCGUGCCCGUGUCGAUGGAGGAAGGACCCGGAUUCCAGGGACCCGUGAUUGACAGGCGCUGCUCUCGCUGUGGUCACGAGGGAAUGGCAUACUACACCAGACAGAUGCGCUCAGCCGACGAAGGGCAAACUGUCUUCUACACCUGUACCAACUGCAAGUUCCAGGAGAAGGAAGACUCUUGAUUUUUUUUUUUCCCCUGGGUGACUCAACAAUCUCUCCCUCUCCUCUUCCUUGGAAGGUGAAGGAUAUUGGGUUCCUAGAUCCUUGUCCAUCCCCUGGUUGCAAUAUUUGCUCCCAGAGGAGAAGCAGAUCAUCACAUGGGGAUUACUACUGUCCCCAGGGUGCUCCUAUUCCUACUUGAGUUUUCCUAUUAAAGCUAUAUUUUUCAA